AUGGACUAAGCCAAUAAAUUGCAAUAUUAGCAACAAGUUGAAAAUUAUCUUGAAAGAAAUAAAGUAUAUCACAUCUUUGAAGAUCUACUCAAAUCUUUAAUUAUUAAAAAACCUGAUGAUCCAAUCUAGUUUCUAAUCAAUAAAUUGCAAGAACCAGAAACCAAAAAAAUCUUUGUGGUUGGUCCCCCUGGAUCAAAAUUAAGAGAAUUAUCACUUACAUUGGCUGAUUAUUUGAAUUUUCACAUUGUUUCUAUUGGAGACUUGAUUGAAAAGGAGCUAAGCAAAAAGUCUGAAUUGAGCCAAUAAAUCCAAGAUUCUCUGGACAAAUUCUAGUAUGUGAGUGAUGAAAUUGUGAUCAAUAUAGCACUUAAUUAAAUCAACCAUUUGGAAAAUGAAAAGAAAAGUUACAUCUUCGAAGGAUUCCCUAAAACUAGAGUUUAAGGCUUGGCACUUCAAAAGGAGGGUAUAAUACCUGAUGCAUUUCUUAUUUUGGAAAUGUCACAAGAAAAGGUUUAUCAAUGUUGUCUCAAGAAAUUAGACUCAGAACAAUUUAAUAAACUAAACAAUAAAGAAGAUUUAGUAAAAAAUCACUCUUUGGAAUAUUAAUUGAACUUAAAAUAAGUCAAGGAAGUAUACAAGAACUAAUACUUCUCAGUCGAUGGAGAAAAGAACUAUGAAUUAGAAGAUAUGGCACAAUUAUUGAAAUACAAACUCUAUGAUAAUUCACCCAAAAGAGCUCUAAGAAUAGUUGUUAUUGGACCUCCUGGAUCUGGAAGAUCAACUUUAGCCAAAAAAUUAUCAAGCAAAUAUGGAUUUGUGUAUAUUUCAACAAGAGAAUUAAUUUCAAAUUUAGUAAACUAAAAGGGAGCAACAGGAAAAGAAGCAUUUGAGAAGGUGAGCAAAGGAGAUUUUGUAGAUGAUAGAAUUGUCAAUGCUCUAAUAAAAGAAAGGCUUAACUAGACUGAUUGCUAAUUGCAAGGCUAUGUACUAGAUGGUUAUCCAAAAACAGAUAAGCAAUUGGAAUCUUUGAAUGAAUUGAAUGUGUAACCAACUCUUAUGGUGAUCAUUGAUGCAGCUGAUGAUAUCGUCACAAGAAGACUGGUUUAAAGAAGAACUGAUCCAAUCACAGGAAAAAUGUACAAUUCAGUUGAUGAAGCAGAUAAGGAAGUGAGAUCCAGAUUGGUCAUAGCACCAAAUGAAAAAAGAGAGGUUGUUUAAUAGAGACUAAAGAGAUGGGAUGAUUUAAAAUAAUUGAUCGAUAGUACUCCUAAAUAUGCAUCAAUCAUUUACAAAGUAUCUGGGGAGAAUCCUUUGGAUAAUAUGAUAGAAUCAGUAUGUUAUCAUUUGGAGAAAAUGAAUUGAUUUAUUAUUAUCAAUAAAUAUAGAUAUUUUUAUCCUAA